AUGGAGAGCCGGCCUGGGUCCUUCCAGUACGUCCCCGUGCAGCUGCAAGGGGGGGCGCCCUGGGGCUUCACCCUGAAGGGUGGUCUGGAACACUGCGAACCGCUCACAGUGUCUAAGAUUGAAGAUGGGGGCAAGGCAGCCUUGUCCCAGAAGAUGAAAACCGGUGAUGAACUGGUGAAUAUCAAUGGCACUCCACUGUAUGGAUCCCGCCAAGAGGCCCUCAUCCUCAUCAAAGGCUCCUUCCGGAUCCUCAAGCUGAUAGUCAGGAGGAGAAACGCCCCUGUCAGUAGGCCACACUCAUGGCAUGUGGCCAAGCUGCUGGAAGGAUGCCCUGAAGUGGCUACCACCAUGCAUUUCCCUUCUGAAGCCUUCAGCUUGUCCUGGCAUUCCGGCUGCAACACAAGUGACGUGUGUGUGCAGUGGUGUCCACUCUCCCGGCACUGCAGCACUGAGAAAAGCAGCUCCAUUGGCAGCAUGGAGAGCCUGGAGCAACCAGGCCAAGCUUCCUAUGAGGGCCACCUCUUGCCCAUGGAUCAGAACAUGUACCCCAACCAGCGUGACUCAGCCUAUAGCUCCUUCUCAGCCAGCUCAAAUGCCUCUGACUGUGCCCUUUCCCUCAAGCCAGAAGAGCCAGGCUCUGCAGACUGCAUCAUGCUAGGCCCGGGGCCAACAAAAGCUGCCAGUGGCCGGCCCAAUGUGACUGAGACCUCUGGAGGUAGCCGGCGCACCACCAAUGGGGGCCACCUGACUCCCAGCUCCCAGAUGUCAUCCCGUCCACAGGAGACCCACCACUCUAGGCCUGCCAAGGCUAUCAGAGGCCCACCACAGCCUCCAGUGAGGCGAGACAGCCUUCAGGCCUCCAGAGCCCAGCUCCUUAAUGGAGAGCAGCAUUGGACCUCUGAGCAUGUGGACUCCUUGCAGCAGAAGGAGAUAGUGAGCUUAGACACCGUGCUAUCCCCAAGGAACCCUAACAGGUUCUGCUGCCUCAGCGGGCAAGACCAAGUGACAAAUGAGGGCCAUCAGAACUGUGAGCUCAGCCAAGGUCCUGAAUCCGGCCAGCAGGACUCUGAGCAUCUACUGAUGGAGGCCUCAGCCAAAGCCGUUGGAUUCCCAAAAGUGUAUGACAAAGCUUCCAGCAUAGAUUCCAGCCCACUCAAGAAGGCUUCAGCAGAACCAACUAAGGCUGCUUCUCUUGGCAGCCCUCCACACCUCACAGGACCCACGGGGCAUCGUCAUAGUGCCCCUGAACAGCUUCUGGAAUCCCAUUUACAGCAUGUACACCUUGAUAUGAGGGGCAGCAAGGGAAUGGAGCUCCCAACCGGGGAGGAUGGGCAUGAGUGGACUCUGUCACCUUUGCAUAGCAGCCACACAGGGAAGAAAAGUCCAUGUUCCUCCACAGGAAGAACCCAGGACCAGCCUAGCAAAGAGAGAAAGACCAGGCAAGUGGAUGACAGGUCUUUGGGUUCAGGACACCAGAGCCCAAGCAGUUCCCCACAUGGAGAGGCUGAUGGACACCCUCCAGAGAUAAGUUUCCGGGACCCAAACAGAGCCUGUAGAGCAAGCAGUGAAUUAGCCAGCCAGCAGCCCUCUGCCUCUGGCUCCCUUGUUCAACAAACCAGGGAUUGUUAUUCAACCACUAAAGUAGCUGGCAGCAUGGAGGCUACUGAAGAAGGGGACAGUGAACCCAAGGAAUGUGGCCAGGUAGGUGAGAGACGAAAUAGAGGGCCCCGGGGCCGCUCAAUCCAAAACCGGCGUAAGAGUGAGCGUUUUGCUACCAAUCUGCGUAAUGAGAUUCAGAGGAGGAAGGCCCAGCUCCAGAAGAGCAAGAAUCCCUUGUCACAGCUGUGUGACACUAAGGAGCCAGUGGAAGAGACUGAGGAGCCCCUAGAAAGUACUCCACAUUCUGCCUCGAACUCAUGUCUUCUAUCUUCAUAUAAAAAAACACCUAGCCCCAGGGACAAGCUCUUCAACAAGAGCAUGAUACUCAAGGCUAGGUCUUCAGAGUGCCUCACCCAAGCCACUGAGAGCCAUGAAUCUAGGACAGGCUUAGAGGGACAAAUAAGCCCUGGCCAGAGGCCUGGCCAGCCCUCUUUUGGCCUGAACACCUGGUGGAAAGCAUCUGACCUGUCCUCCUCAGACUCUGAGAAAACAAAUGUUCACCAUGGAGUCUGUGGAGGUCACUGGAGAUGGUCUCCAGAGAACAACCUACAGCCACAUGUGGCACUAUCCAUGGAAGGCCCUUCUAACCCAAGUGACAGCAAGGAAUUGAAGGUUUCUACUGCCCAAGCUGGGGAGGAAGCCAUCCUCCUUCCCUUUGCAGACAGAAGAAAGUUCUUUGAAGAGAGUAGCAAAUCCUUAUCUACAUCACAUUUGCCAGGUUUAACCACUCAUAGCAAUAAGACUUUUACCCAGAGACCAAAACCUAUAGACCAAAACUUCCAGCCAAUGAGCUCCAGCUAUAGGGAAUUGAGGCGCCAUCCAAUGGACCAAUCAUAUCAUUCUACAGACCAACCAUAUCAUGCCACAGACAAAUCAUAUCAUUCGGUGUCACCCCUUCAGUCAGAAACUCCUACAUACUCAGAAUGUUUUGCAAGCAAAGGUCUAGAACCAUCCAUGUGCUGUAAGUCGCUGCACUGUGGAGAUUUUGACUACCACAGGACCUGCUCCUACUCCUGCAGUGUCCAGGGAGCCAUAGUCCAUGACCCGUGCAUGUAUUGUUCUGGGGAAAUCUGCCCUGCUUUGCGAAAGAGAAAUAUGAUGCCAAACUGCUACAACUGUCGGUGCCACCACCACCAAUGCAUCCGGUGUUCAGCUUGCUAUCAUAAUCCCCAGCACAGUAGCCCUGAGGAUGGCAGUUUGGCACCUAGCAACACUUGGAAACCCAGGAAGCUGACAGUGCAGGAAUUUUCUGGGGAUAAAUGGAAACCAAUAACAGGAAACAGGAAGACCAGCCAGUCAGGGAGAGAAAUGGCUCAUUCCAAGGCUAGCUUUUCGUGGGCAACUCCGUUCAAUCCUUGCCUUGAGAACCCAGCACUGGGCUUGUCAAGCUACCGAGCAGUCUCUUCUCUUGACCUCCUUGAAGACUUCAAGCACUCUUCAAAAAAAACAGAGGAAACUUCUGUUUAUGAGGAGGGGAGCUCCAUGGCCUCCAUGUCCCACCCACUGCGCAACCGUGCCUUCUCCGAAAGCCAUAUAAGCUUGGAGCCCCAGAGCUCCCUGGCCUGGCGGCAGCAUAGGAGAGAGCUCUUUACCAAGGUUGAGACCCAGCCGGAUCCUCUGGGAGCCAGGAAGAAGGCCUUUCCUCCUCCUCGCCCUCCUCCUCCCAACUGGGAGAAGUACAGGCUUUUCCGUGCAGCCCAGCAGCAGCAGAAGCAGCAGCAGCAACAGCAGAAGGAGGAGGAGGAAGAGGAGGAAGAAGAGGAGGAAGAGGAGGAAGGGGCAGAGGAGGAAGAGGAGGGGGAGGAGGGGGAGGAGCUGCCACCCCAGUAUUUCAGUUCAGAAACCACUGGUACCAGUGCCCUCAAUCCUGAAGAGGUCCUGGAGCAGCCACAACCCCCGGGCUUUGGCCACCUGGAGGAUUCAAGGCAGGGCUCAGAAAGCCUCUCAGCAGAGCAAGAGUCCUUUGGUCUCCAUUCCAGCAAUUUCCUGACUCCAAUAAGGGGACACUUGGGCUCUCAACCUGAGAAGGCUCAGCCCCCUUGCUAUUAUGGUAUUGGUGGCCUUUGGAGAACAUCAGAGAAGGAGACCACUGAUUCCCCCAAACAAGAGUUUCAGCACUUCUCACCUCCUCCAGGGGCCCCAGGGAUCCCCACCUCUUACUCAGCUUAUUACAAUAUUUCGGUGGCCAAGGCAGAGCUGUUGAACAAGUUGAAAGACCAACCUGAGAUGGCAGAGACUGGCCUGGGAGAGGAAGAAGUUGACCAUGAACUGGCUCAAAAAAAGAUACAGCUUAUUGAAAGCAUUGGCAGAAAACUGUCGGUCCUGCGGGAAGCCCAGCGAGGACUGCUAGAGGACAUCAGUGCCAAUUCUGCCCUUGGGGAGGAGGUGGAGGCCAACCUGAAAGCUGUCUGUAAAUCCAAUGAGUUUGAAAAAUACCGCUUGUUUAUUGGGGACCUGGACAAAGUGGUCAACCUGUUGCUGUCACUCUCUGGACGACUAGCCCGGGUGGAGAAUGCUCUCAACAGCAUUGAUUCAGAAGCUAACCAGGAGAAGUUGGUGCUGAUAGAGAAGAAGCAGCAGCUGACAGGGCAGUUGGCAGAUGCCAAGGAGCUGAAGGAGCAUGUGGACCGCCGGGAGAAGUUGGUGUUUGGCAUGGUCUCCCGCUACCUGCCUCAGGACCAGCUCCAAGAUUACCAGCACUUUGUGAAGAUGAAAUCUGCUCUCAUCAUCGAACAGCGAGAGCUGGAAGAGAAAAUUAAGCUUGGGGAAGAACAGCUCAAAUGUCUCAGGGAGAGCCUACUCCUGGGGCCCAGCAAUUUCUAA